ACCAGGACACGCGGCGCUCCAGCCCGCCGCCCGCGAUCGCUGAGCGCAGGAGAUGGCAGCCGCCGGCGCCCGCGGCCUGCGGGCCAGCUACCACCGGCUCUUGGAUAAGGUGGAGCUGAUGGUGCCGGAGAAGCUGCGGCCGCUGUACAACCACCCGGCAGGCCCCAGAACAGUUUUUUUCUGGGCUCCAAUUAUGAAAUGGGGGUUGGUGUGUGCUGGGUUGGCUGAUAUGGCCAGACCUGCAGAAAAACUCAGCACAGCUCAAUCUGCUGUUUUGAUGGCCACAGGGUUUAUUUGGUCAAGAUUCUCACUUGUAAUUAUACCAAAAAAUUGGAGUCUGUUUGCUGUUAAUUUCUUCGUGGGGGCAGCAGGAGCCUCUCAGCUCUUGCGCAUUUGGAGGUAUAACCAAGAACUAAAAGCUAAAGCAAUCAAAUAAGAGUUCCUGAUCACCUAAAUCUAGAUGUGGACAUAACCACUGGGACCUAGCUUAGUAUUUGAUUAUUUUAAGGCAUUGCUAGCUGUGCUAACAUUUGGAAGGCACACACACA